CACGUUAAGUAUUUAUGUCUCUCAAGAAACCCAAUCCUCUCAGUAUUUCUAUACGUUAAUCAGGUGGUUCUUUUAUAACAAAUAUUCUGCUGAAUCAUCUGAAAAAUAAAAAAUAAUAUUGUAAUCUAAGGUUAAGUAUUUAUGUUUCUCAAUAAAACCCAAUCCUCUCAGUAUUUCUAUACGUUGAUCAGGUGGUUCUUUUAUAACAAAUCUUCUGCUGAAUCAUCUGGAAAAUAAAAAAUAAUAUUGUAAUCUAAGGCCCUUUGCCUCUAUGAAUAAACAGCACAAAAAUCUUACCAGAUAGAACAAUGGAAUUACUAUCUAUAUUUCUCAGGUUAAGUAUUUAUGUCUCUCAAGAAACCCAAUUCAUUUCUAUACGUGAAUUAGGUGGUUCUUUUAUAACAAAAUGGAAGUAGCAUUCAAGAGCAAUAAAAAAGUUUUAUAAUGCUCCAAAAAUGGACAUAGAAAACGAUCAAAACCGCCAAAAUGCAACCACGAACUAUAUAUUAAGUCAUAGAAAUUGUAAUGAAUGAGAAUUAGAAGUUUGCUACAUACAGUGAUGAGAAUCCAAUGAGGAAACAAGAUUCUUCAACAAAUUCGGAAAAUUGUUUGUAACUUUUGAAAAAAAAAAUUAAUUUUGGGAGCAAUUUGAUAUUUGUAGGGAGCAUUUCAGGAGCAACUUUUUGAUAUAUUCAUUUCAGGUAAUGUUCUGAAGGAGGUUUUCCAAUUGAUGCUCAGAUAUGUACCACUAAAAUCUAGUCAAAUAGAAGAACUAAGAGAGAAAAUCAUAGAAUUGUCAAUAAAGUAUAAGCUUCUGUACACGUUCAGUAUUCCUUACAGAGCUUUGAUUAAUCCUGUCAUGACUGCUUACCUAGAGGCAUUUUCAACAGAGGCUCCAUUUGAUAUUGUCGAAUGUGACAGGUACCAGGGGGACAAUCACAAAGGUUUAAAAGUGACAGCGAAAAGAGACAUUCCAAGAAACACAAUAUUAAAAUGCAUAGUAGGAUUUUACCAGAAUUUAGAUUUUGAAACCAAAGUAUAUUUAGAUAAAGAAAAAUUAGAUUUUUCUGUGAUGAAGAGUUCAAGAAAAAAUUUAGAUAUGCUCCUGCUUGGUCCGGUAGCAUUUAUCAACCAUGAUUGUAAUGCAAAUUCAUGUUAUAUAUCAUUAUCCAGAAAUUUUGUGAAAAUAAAAACCAUUAGAAAAAUUCAAGCUGGUGAAGAAAUUUUAUGUAACUACUCUUCAAAUUAUUUUGGUGCUGAAAACAAAUAUUGCGAAUGUGUAACUUGUCAAGAAAAUGGUAAAGGAUAUUUUAUGAAGAAAAAUUCAAUAAAAAUAACGAGUCAAAAUAAGGAUGAUGAUAUUCAGCCAAGCAAUAUUAUAAGUAAUAAUUUCUCAGAGAUGUCAUCAGAACAGGUCUUGAAAUUGAACCUAAAUACCAUAUCUAUUCACAGCAGUUAUAUAGCGCUGAGUGUUUCUAGAAUAUUUUCAAAAAAUAUUCUUUCUAGUAUUCGACUACAAGUUUGCCAAACUUUGAGUAAUUAUUUUUCUACUGAUCAAUUUAUUUUCAAAUCAUCUCAGAGUGGUACAGAUAUUGUAAUAGUAAUUAAUAAAUUAUAUUUAAAGUUUGAAAUUGAACAGUUAUAUUGGUUAGAAUCAAUUAUUAAAAAUUAUCUGAAAACUGAUAAGCCAAAUUUCCAUGACUUCAUCCAAUGCUGCGUUGAGAAUGAUAUUUCUAUUCAAUUAAAUUUGAAAAGUUUGUUAAAUCCAUAUUCAAUUGGAUUUUCCAGUGUUUGCCUAAGUCCUCAUAUGGAAUAUACAAUAAUGUUCGACUUUGAAGAGGAAUUUUGUGGUUUUUCCAUGUAUAAGAAAUUAGAUCAAAAGAUUGAUCGUGCAUAUAUAAAGUUAGAAAAACUGCAUCCGCUAGUAAUUAAAAGAUAUCAAAAAAAGUCAAAAGAUGGGAAUACUUUUUGCAUAUUCUGCCAGAAAUUUGUAAAAAAAUUUAGCAGACACCUAAGUAAUAAGCACAUCGAUAAUGAUGUGGUAAAAAUGUUUUUAAUUGAGAAUGAAAACAAAUCGUCAAAAAGAUUAGCGAUAAAUUUCAUUAGGAACCAAGGACUUGCAAAAUACAAAGAUAUAACGGGAACGAUAAUGCCUGCAAUGAAGAUUAGAGUAGAUGCAUUAAAUCCAGUUCAAAAAGUUCAAUGUGAUAACUGCUUUGGGUUUUUUUCAAGAGCAACUAUGUGGAAGCACAAAUUAUACUGCAGAAAAUUGUUAUUGUCCGAAAUUCGCUCUACUCAGCCAUAAUAUAUCAUACAACUUUUCAUUGCCAUAUCAAUAGAAAAAUUAUGAUAUAUGAAUAAGCUGAUGUUGAAAGUUUAUUCAAGAAAAUUAAAAUUAGAAAAUUAAAAACUUUCAAGAAACAUAUCAUUAAGGAUCCCCUAUCCCUAUAUAGAUAUACAAAC